AGUACACAAGGAUACAUGCACCAUUUGUAUGCAUGUUAUAAAGUAGAUAUAGUUCAACAUUUUACAUUUAUUGCUCGGCGUAAGAAUCAAAUAUUAAAGAAAAGAUGAACAUCUCAAUAACUGACAUCGGGCUGAUAUGGAUCCUUUGCAUUUAUAACUAUUGUUCAUGCCAUGGAUAUUAUGGAGAUCAUUAUUAUAGAGGACAGGGACGAUAUUCAAGGCAAAAACCGCAAUCAUACGGUAGAGAUUUAGAAAGUCCAUUUAAAACGGAAGCCAUAGAACAAAGUCAAUUAAUCAAAGACUUAAAAGCACGUGUUAGCAAUUUAGAAAAAGUUAUCCGUGAUUAUAAGGAUGGAAACAUUGAUAUUAAUAUCAAAGGAGGAGGGGGUGGUGGUGGAGGCGGACUCGAACCAGGAGGAAAUGGUGGAAAUCUAACGACUCAUUUAUUUAUAAAGAAAAUCAAAACGGUUCAUACUAAAGAUGGAACAAAAGUCAUUAUAAAGCCUGGUGAUGGGCGAACAUUACGAGCGCUUAAACUAAUGAUCGAAGGAGGAGGUGGCGGGGGUGGGGGCGGAAUAGGAAAAGGCGGCGACGGUGGAAGUAUAUUUACAAACUUGACAAUCAAAACAUUUAAGACUGUAUUUAGAGAUGGAAUAAAUGUCACUACUGCAGAGGGUAUAAAUCCACUAGAAGGACUCGGUUUGAACAUUAAAGGCGGUGGCGGAGGUGGCGGCGGCGGUACAGGCCCUGGUGGCGAUGGCGGUGAUUUGAUUACAUCUAUUGUCAUAGAGAAUGUAAAGGAUGUAACUAUUAAUGGAACUUGGACAAAGGAAGAUAGGAAGGCAUGGAAAUUAAUGAAGAAGUUACGGAGGCAAAAGAAUAAACAGAAAGGAAAUAAAUAGGACCUGAUGAGUCGUUCAUUGAUUUUUUUAUGUUGGUUCUAAUGGUGUGCUAUAUAAUUCACUACUCUCCUUUGUUAAAUAUAUAUCUUUGCCCACAAUUAAAACAU